GAAGUUAUGUUACUGAAAUACUUGUGCAAUAAAUUGAGUAACUAAAUUUCGUCAUUGCGGUUUUAUUAAUUUUUAUAGAAAAUUUAAGUGUGGCUCGUUCACAAAUGAACAAGUUGAAUCAGUUUGUUUAUUUUCCAGAAAAAUACAAAUUUGUGCGUUAAUACGGCCCGAAGACUUAUGAACUGACUUAUAAAUGGUGGAAGCAAUGGACUCGAGUGAUUAUUUCGAAAGUUAUCAGGACUUGGCUAUUCAUCAGCUGAUGUUGGGAGAUGCACCGAGGAAUGGGGCUUACAAACGGGCGAUUUUUGAUAAUGUUGCUCAGAUCAAGGGGAGGACUGUUUUGGAUGUGGGGGCUGGGACUGGGAUUUUGUCGGUUUUUUGCGCCCAAGCUGGGGCUGCCAGAGUUUAUGCAGUGGAGGCGAGCAACGUGAGUAAGAUUGCUCGAGAGGUGAUCAAGGAAAAUGGGUUUGAUAAGGUCGUUGAGGUGAUUAAUUCCAGAAUCGAGGACACCAUCUUGCCGGAAAAGGUGGACAUAAUCGUAUCCGAAUGGAUGGGUUUUUACCUUCUUCACGAAGGCAUGUUAGACUCUGUAAUUUUCGCCCGAGACAAAUUUCUCAAACCUGGGGGCUUAAUAUUCCCCGAAUCAGCAACAAUUUAUUCAGCCCCAUGCCGCGUCCCCUCUAUGUACGACUUCUGGAGCGACGUCGACGGCGUCUCCAUGAAAAGUUUCAGCGAAAAACUCCGCUCUGAAGCGUCACACAAACCAAGCACUGUUUCAGUUGCUCCAGAAGACAUUCUAGCAGAUUCAGAAGUGGUACUUUGGAUAGAUUUACGCGAAGUGACUCUAGAAGAAAUCAGUGGUUGUAAGGUUCAACACGUGGCUGUGGCCACCAAGCCGGGGAAGUACCAAGGGAUUUGCCUGUGGUUCACUUGCACUUUUCCGUCUUUUGCCACCGAACCUGUGACUCUUUCCACGUCCCCUGAAGAUCCUGAAACCCACUGGAAGCAAACCACAAUCGUCCUCCCGACUGAAAUCGAAGUCGAGGAAAAAUCACCAAUUGCCUACGAAUUAUCCUUGGCUCGAACCACUGAAAAUCCUAGAAGGUACAACAUUGAGCUGGGCAUGCUUGACCCUGCAGAAGUAGACCAUCCGGAAUAUUGCACUUGCCACAUGACCAAAUGCAUUCUAGUUCGGGCAAUGUUAGAAAAAUACGAAAUGGAAAGUCUCCCCAAAUAAAUGUUUAAAAAUUAUUUUGUGUGGUAUUUUGUUGCGCCUUCGGCACAAUGUAAUGAAGACAUCAUCAAGACAGGUGGUUGAGCCCGAGGCGGGCCGGGGCGACUGCUCCUUUAACUCCCCGCUGCUGCUAAAUUAACCACUAGAAGAUGAGAAUCGUGCCGUGCUGAGGAAUUUCCAAUGCGCUUGUUUUUGAUUAUGAAACGUCGGAAAUUAAUGGUAAUAAUGACGAGUGAAGGACCGGCUGACGGUUGAUGGCGGUUUUGACAAGUCAUUUGGGCUCUAAAACGUUUUCAGACUCACUACGCCAAAUAUUAUGGGCGAAAUCCAAGCUCCUCACCGCCCCCGUCAUCGGCUUCUCCGCCGCCCCCGCCAUCAAUGUCGCCACCACUGCCAACGCCAGCACCAUCACCACCACCGACCGGUGGUAAAUUAAAACGUCGUCGCAGGGGCCGAGGGCGAGGUAGGGGCCGGGGCCAGGGCCAGGGCCAAGCCGGAGACUUGGACCAGGGCGGGGACCAGGUCGCUGGGCAAUUCAAUCCCAGUACUAAUGCACACUCUGGCAAGAAUAAAUUAUUAUUAUAAAUAAAUAAUAAAUAAUAAUUAUUAGCAAUAUAUAUUUUAAAGAGGGAUGUGUACUAUCACUACAAAACACUGAUUCAAAAAAAAAAAUUGUGUGUCUAAUUACUGAUUUCUCUUGAGAAACUAUUUUAAAUAAACAGAUAUAGUGCAAUUUUAAACAAACCUAAACUUUUUGAAUUAGUGUUCGUUCUGUACAAAUGUAUACAUCCGCAAAAGAGUUUAAAUGUUAUGAAAUCAUGACAAAAGCGAUUGAACUGUUUUGACGAUUUCAAAAGAAUUGUAGGAAGUAGGAAUUUGUGUAAUUGCUGAAAUUGUGUAAUUUUUUGUCUCUUGUGCUCAAAGCAAAUUUGGCCGUAUUGUGCGCCAGAACAAGUUUUUCUGUAUACACUAUUCAUUACAUCUUUUUUCCAUUU